AUGGCGAGUGCACCCAAGAUCACCGCCAACGCUGCCAAAGUGGCGACCAUUCAAGCGUGGUUCCACAAGACGGCCGUCGCCCAUAGCAUCAAGGAUCUCGAGAAGACACUUCCACAGGUUGCAUCUAUCAGCGGCAUGCAAGUGAAGGACUACCUGCAAGCUCUCCAAGACGAUAACAAGAUCCGCGUCGAAAAGAUCGGCAGCGGCAACUGGUACUGGAGCUUUCCAAGUGACGAAAAGAAGGCCAGAGAGGCGGCAUUGGAACAUGCUCGAGACGAGUUCAACAAGGCGGAUGCAGUGGUCACGGAGUGGCAGAUGAAAGUUGACGAUGCGGGAGCUGUGCGCAGCGAGGAUGACGAAGCACUUGCACACACUGGCAUGGACCGCAAAUCUCUCAUCACUAAGCACGGUGGUCUGACAAAAGAGCUCGAGCAGUUGCGCCAGGGACUGGCCGCUUACAGCGAGCAAGACCCGAUAGAAGUGGACAAGAAGAAGCACGAAGCACAGCAAUGCCAAGCUGAUGUGGACAAAUACACCGACCAAAUCCUCAGCAUGGAAGGCUGGCUCAAGGAGCGGUUGAGCGGCGAUCCAGAGCAAAUGAUGCAGACCAAGCGUGUGCUCUAUGGUGACGAGUUCGACGACGAGGAGGGCGGCUUACGCGAGUUGUGA